AUGAGCGUACAUUGCGAAAGUUGUGAUUGUCUCUUCCGGACGUUAACAUGGGAGCUUCUCAGUCAGGACGAGUGCCUGAGUUCCAAGAUCUGGCUGAUAAAACUGGCUUUUCCAUAGAGCAGAUGAAAAACCUCCAUAACAGAUUUAUAUACCUAACUCAAGAUGAAGGCACUUUAAGACGUGAACAUCUUGAGAAUAUAAGCGAUUUGGCCCUCAACCCAAUCCGAAGACAGAUCAUUGAGGCCUUCUUUGAUACAAGGAACUUGGGUCAAAAGGAGAAGAGCUGUUUGCAAGAGAUCGGUUUUGAGGAAUUCGUUACCGUCCUGGCUUUUUUCAAACCACCCAAACCACACCUUGCUGAGGAGGAGAGAAAAACCAUAAAGAAGGAGAAACUACGCUUUCUGUUCAACAUGCACGACACUGACAAUGAUGGCAUCAUCACUCUGGAUGAAUAUAGACGUGUGGUAAAGGAGCUGCUGUCUAGCACUGAAACCAUAGGAGCAGAAACAGCCAAAGCCAUUACAGAUGCUGCUAUGCUGGAAGUCGCCAGUGAGACAGUGGGUCAGAUGGGUCCUGAUGAAUUUUAUGAGGGAAUAACCUUUGAACAGUUCAUGCAGAUAUUGAAAGACAUCGAGAUCGAGACCAAGAUGAAUGUUCACUUUUGGAACUUGGAAACCAUGCAUUGUGGGAAGUGAGAGUAAUUUCCACUUCUGAACGGCACUUUCACUUUAUUUUAGAUUAAAACAUCCGAUGUUUGUCCCACGGAUUCAACCCUUAGUAUUGAGUUUACUUGGGUUUCUUUCUCUGAAAUAUCUCCAAUGAUGGCGAUAUGGUGGAAGUGACCACAACAUGCUCUGGGGGAUACACUUCAGAGUCCAGACCUCUGGGGCAAAGCGAAAAAUACAGUGUGUUUAUACAUAUUUGAAAAAUAUUUAACAACCCCUUGAGCCCGGUUGUUUUUGUGGCUUCUUAUCUCAAAUCUGACAUGCUCGCAAACAUUUUUGACUCAUACAUACUUUCAGAUACACUAUGUAGUAUGUACACUGUAUUUUUAGCAGGGUUAUUGUGACUGAAAAACUGAACCUUGAUUGCAAAUUUCCCUUUUUAUUGUUUUGUAAUGGAGGAAGUCUUCCUUAACAAACCAGUGCUGAAACACUCCACCACCGUAAGUUAAUGAAUACACAAAUCUUAUCAUUUACCUAAAAAACAACAGGGAGCGAUUGUUUUGUUGCCCUUAUGUAAUCCAUCUGGCUUCCUUCCACCAUAGUUAUAUAAUAAAUGAUACAGGGUGUGUAAAGUUUUUACAGUAACAGCAUUUACUGUAGGAUUUUAUAGUGCAAUAUUUUUGUACAUUAUUGUCAUUCGAAAUCCUCACAACAACAUUUUCUUUAUACUGAAGAUAAUAAAAUAACCAUUGUUUUAAAAGUUG